AAUUUUUCACUCCGACCCAGUUAAAAAUCUUCAGUAGUUGGGAUUACUAAGGAAAGUUUGAUUGAUGUAUUUACGGCACUUUCUCUUUCCAGUAAGGAUAUCGUCGAGAGCUUUAAACCUAACUCCUCUCUCCAUACAGGGCUUUUGUUGGGUUGGGGAAAAAGCUAGGGUUUUUUAACAGGGGGAUCUGGUGGGAAUUCUGUGGUGAGUGAGAUUUUGUGAGAUUUGGGGUUUUUUGAAUUCUGGGUUUGGUUUUAGAGGCUUGUUUGGGAAGCAAAUGCCAUUGGUUUGGGGGGUUGGAGUAGAAGCAUCCCCAAAUAUUGAUUUCCAUGUCGUGGGCUGGUCCUGAUGAUAUCUUCCUCUCCACUUCGCUUGCUACCUAUCUUGAUAAAAAACUCCUUGUGUUGCUGAGAGAUGGUCGAAAGCUUUUGGGGUUGUUACGUUCGUUUGAUCAAUUUGCUAAUGUUGUUCUAGAAGGAGCUUGUGAGCGAGUCAUUGUGGGAGAUCUUUAUUGUGAUAUCCCCUUAGGUCUAUAUGUAAUUCGUGGAGAGAAUGUUGUCUUAAUUGGGGAGCUGGACUUAGAAAAGGAAGAGCUUCCCCCUCAUAUGACUCGUGUGUCAGAAGCUGAGAUAAAGAGCGCUCAAAAAGCAGAGAGGGAGGCAUCAGAUCUGAAAGGCACCAUGAGAAAAAGAAUGGAGUUCUUAGAUUUUGACUAAGAGAUGCCUCCAUUUUGUACUGGUUUUAUGCCAUAUUUGCAAUUGUUAAUGUGAUGGUGAUCCAAAAAAAUGAAAACAAGCGAGAUGGGAUUGAAAGAUUCUUGCCCUGUGUCCAUUGCUGUAAGCGGGACUUAAGAAGAUGGAAAAAAGUAGUAACUGUCAUGAAGGCCUAAUUUUCUAAAGUCUGCGGAGGGGAAGUUGUUUCCUUGGGUCUCUCUAGAGGCAACAGUGACAAUCUCUUUAUUCCUCUGUAGCGUGUGCAGUAUGUGCAAUACUUAGAAUGUUGGGUUCUUCAUCUUAGGAUAAAUUUUUGAAAUUUUCUAUUUUUACCAAAAAUAUUUGAAUCAUCCAUCUGUUUAGUUUCUCUCUACUUAUUCUUGGGGCUUUUGCUUCCCGUUUGUUGCUUUGGUGCCAAAUUUUGUAAUGGCACACCCAUUUAUGCAUAAUCUGGUUGUCUAUGUUACCCAAUCUCUACACGCUCAUUCCCUGAGCUUUAUUAUCUUGGAUCAACUUCUAAUUUAUCUCUUAGCAUUUAGUUGUUUAUCUGCAAUAUCAAUGAUAACUUGGAAGCCCCUCUUGUGAAGCUGUUAUACCUAUUUAAACGCUUGUUAGUCAUGGUGCU